UCUUGGGCCAGUCGGUGUCGGAGCUGCUCUGGAGGACGCAGGUCGCACAAUAUACACUGCCUGCUAGUCCGGCGAAAAAACCAGUUUAAGAUAACAAGAAGGGAGCGAGAUGAGGUCUUGACACUGGAAACAAGAAGAGUAAUUUCUGCUCCUUUAUGCCAGCAGUGGCUGGCAGUGAAAAAUAUGUGGCCUCUCCUGCUUAUUGCUGCAUAUCUGGCCAUCUUCUGCUUUGCCCACGUCUCUCCGCAGUCAAGUAAUGGCUGGUCUGCACAUACCCCCAAACCUCCCGAAGAUCUGCUCAGAUUGUGGAUCGACAGGCGGCAGGUCAAGAUCUUCAGCGGCUUAUCCAUCGAUAUUGAUGCUAUCCGAGACGAGCGCAUUUCACCAUACAUCUUGGACCCCAAGUUUGAAGAGUAUUUGCCAAUGAUCCCAUCAGAGGUUGGCUAUGUGAAUUUUACUUGGCAGUCUGGCGUAAGGAAAUAUGUUUACCAUUUUGACAAACUUGAGUCACACAACAAGCAAAUUCUUGAAUCACCACAAAUUUCAAUUCCCGUCAAGGGUCGCAUACCAAAAAGGCCCAAAGCUUUUAGCGUUAAACUACCGUGCUCGGGAAAUGGAUGGGGAAUCGCAAGAUUUAGUAUCGGCCUCAAAAUUGAGCCUCGAAAAGGCAAACCAAGCGAAGAAAUGUCUUUAAGAGUGAGUCUUAGGAAGGAAUGUGCCCAGAGAGUCAUGGGCGCAGGGCCAGACCCAGAGUGCGACAAAAAGUGCGCGAACGACGGGUGGUGCAACGCAGAGAAGAUAUGCCAGUGUCCUGAAGGCUACAUGGGCCAGUACUGCCAGACGGCGCUGUGCUACCCCCAGUGCAUGAACGGAGGCAGCUGUAUUGCUCCGGGGGUUUGCAGCUGUCUGCCAGGGUUUCAAGGUCGGCAUUGUGAAGGCGGAAUUUGUUUUGACAACUGUAAGAAUCAUGGAAAAUGCAUCCAAAAGGACACGUGUGAAUGCAACAAAGGACACUACGGGCUACGAUGCGAAUUUUCACGUUGCAUUAUUCCGUGUAUGAAUGACGGGAAAUGCAGAGGAGUAAACAAAUGCCGCUGUAAGAAAGGAUUUGGAGGGGAUCACUGUGAAAUUGUUUAUGGCACAAAGUCCAAAACGACUUCCAAACGAAACUCCAAGAGACACCAUGGCGGCGGUAGAAACGCGAGAGGACACAACAAGAAAUUUCAGUAAGAUAUAUGAAAAUCUCCGAAUUAUUGAUUUUAGAUGUAGUCUGUGAUAUAUUUAAAAUAAAUCUCUAUGAUAAUAUAUUAAAAAACCUUUUGCCUGAAAAUCUAAGCUUGUAAAAAUAAAAACUAGAUUUUUUCAACUU